CGGUGACAAAAUAAAUACUUGACAUGCGUUGUAAAGACUUAAUUGUGACAAUUAUUCUCAUAGGCAAAACAUGGCGGCAAUGAGCCCGGGAUAUUAGGAGAAAUAUACACAGCUGUUAACGGUUCCAGUCUAAUAUUGGGAUGGCACAUCAAUUUCAUUUAGAGAAAGAAAAGUACAGACAGUGGGUGAAGGCCGGACUUGGUUUGGGAUACUUAAAAGAAGGACUAGCGCCUUUUUGUGACGAUGUUGCCGAACAACAGCAUAAAGACAUCUUAGAUAACAUUAAACUUACAAAGAAUCUACCGACUGUGACAUGUGCUCAGUGUGCUCUGAGAACUCUCAAACCAGACCAUGUAAAAAUAGGAAAGAAUCAAUGUCCUUAUGGUCAAGCUAACUGUAACUGCUGCUAUACGAGUGGUAAAAUAGCUUGUCCAAACAACGUAUGUGGUGCCAUCUAUGACAACAUUAUAAUUAACCAUGCGUCGACACCACCAGCUCCUAAUUGGAAAAACACCCAAUCUCAGCAGUGGACUGGAGAUCCGUGGAGUAUAGCUAAGUGUUUCAUCAACGCCCCUGGAUAUGACCAGAAGACAUCAGCAGCCGACAUUGACUGCACGGGAUUACUGCAUGUGAUUAUCAACAACAAAUAUUUCCAUAAUCACGUUGGGUGUAAUUUGGCUGGAGCUAAUGUAUUUUCAAAGGUUAGACAGUACAGAAACGAGAUAUUUCACUCGAGCAACAUGGAGCUAGAGGAGGCAGAUGCAAAUAGUUACAUAGAUGAUAUGAUUGCUGUGUUGCAAGAUGGUAAGGAACUGAUCAACCGAAAAUAUGCUCAGGACGCCGUAAAGAAACUUGAAGCGCUGAACAAUGAAAAGUUCAUUAUAACCACCGAAAAUAUGGAGAAAGUUCUUGGAGAUAUCAGAGAAGAAAUGGAGAAUGUAAAAAAAUCAACAGAAGGUCUAGCUACUAAGGAUGACUAUGAGGAUCUUAGAAGGAAAUUUUCUGCACUGGAAUCUGUCAUGUCUGAACAAGUGAAGGAGAUGAAAAGACUCAAGGCAGAUGACUCCGCACAAAAGGAACUUGGUCGAUCUGAUUACGAAAAGUCUAAAUUAGAUUUUCAGAGAAAAAUAGUGGACCUUUACAGAAAGUCUCUGUUACAAGUGUCGGCAAUACCAUUGAAGCCAGAGCGUAAACAUUGUAACUUUAACGAGGUGUAUGUUAGACCACAAAUAACGCUUGAAAGGAUAGAUGCAAACAGAAUACCAGAGGAAACCGAAGUCCAAUCUAUGUCAGAUAUCUUCACAAAAGCCGGAAACCCUAUCAAAUCCAUUUACGUUCUUGGAGAUGCUGGAUCCGGGAAAACUAGUUUCUGUAAAAGUUUGGUAAACUGUUGGUGUAUGGCACACAAUGGAGAACCGAACGUUGAAGAUGAGCUCGACGGAAUCAAGGAAAUGAAGAAAUUUGAGUUCUUGUUUUAUAUCUCUCUUCGUCGCUUCAAAGAUGUUGUCGGUAUCCAAGAAAUGCUCGAAAGACAAUAUAAAAGCGAAAUCCUCAACGAAAUUUUAAAUAAGGAAUCGACAAAUAUAAUUAUCGUAUUUGAUGGUUUAGAUGAAUGGUCUUCUAAAACUGUGACAUCCAAUCAGUUCCAGACGGAAGGCCUUCCAGAACGUGGUAUAUCUAAAGACUAUACCGUCAUAACAACGUCACGACCAUGGAAAAUUGAAACGCUUGGAAUAACUGACAAGGAGAUAGAACAAAGAUUAAAUCUUAAAGGGUUUUGUAGAUCGUCUGUUAAAAUUAUGAUUGAUAAAACAGUUCCAGUACUGAAUGAAUCGUUUUCGAAAAACAAUAGUUCUAGUGCCUGCGAAGAAAAGCUAAACAAUAAAGCGGUAGCCAGUAUGAAAAAAAUACCAAUUAUGCUGCUACAGUUGAUUUGUCUUUGGUUUGACGAUAAACUUCAAGUAUCAUCAAGAUGUGCCGUUUACUCGGCGAUGCUUGAACUGUUCUUUUCCUGGAACGAUAAGAAGAAAAAAGAAGAAGAAGAGCGUUUAUUUAGAAACAUGAGGGACAUGUCAAAAGAUUUGCCAGAUAUUGAACUCCCUCAAUAUCUAAUGAACAUGAAGUUAUGUAAAUUGUACAAAUAUCUCAUUCACGAAUUAUCGCGUUUGGCUUAUGAAACACUUUUCACAAGUGAAAAGAAGGCGUUCUUGACAUUUGAAAAUUCUGUUUUUGAAGAGCUGGAAAUAUCGAAUGAAGUCAAAACAAGUUGCUUAAAACUAGGAAUCUUAUCGGAAGAUGGAUGUCCAAGUUUGAGUGCGAGCACAAGUGACAGUUCGUUACUUUCCUUUGUCCACAAGUCAAUACAAGAAUAUUUGGCCGCGGUGUAUAUUGCUAUUAAGUUCAAAGCUCAUAUCGGAUCAUCGGUCGAUUCGGAAAACCCAGCUUUGUCUGGUCAUUGUGCAUUAAUGAUUAAAAAGGUUUUCAGUAAGUGCACGACUUUGGAAGAAAUAUUAGAACAAGCAAAUUAUUUCAUUAUGCUAUGCGGUCUAGAGCCUCGAAUCGCAACGUCCAUUUCAAAGUAUAUAUAUGAUAUUGUUACAAGGGACAAACGUGUUCUAGAGUACAGGCGAACAAUAGAUGAUGAAUAUAGACAUACAUAUCUUAUAUCAAAUAUCCAGGAAUGUAUUUUAAACUGUGCAGAAGAGGUCCAAGCAUGUCACAGAAAUAUGCAGUCUAACUUUUAUGUAGGAGACAUUUUCGUAAAGAGUGAGUUAUAUUACGAUCAUAUCUUUACUUGUAUCGAUAAGCAGUACAUUUCUCCUGACAGCGUCCGUUCGUUUAGUGUUAAUACAUUUUUAGUGAAAGUGUCUCUAAAGGCAGUAUUUAGAUAUUCGACGAAAUGUCGGCUACUUGAAACAAUUCACAUUGAUGCCAGUGACCAAAGCGUUAAGAUUGAUGAUGAAGAUAUUAAGUCUAUCUGUGGAGUAAUUGAAUAUAAUACUUCAACAUUGAAAUCACUGUAUGUACAUGUUUAUCGAAAUGGUAAUUUUAAACCUAUGUAUAAAACAAUAGUUCGUUGUCUACCUGAUAUGAGUCAUCUUGUUGCAUUACGUAUACGAGGUUUCAUUAUGUCACAUAAAGACUUUACCACACUAUGCAAUUUCGUAUCAGGUAACAGUCAUCUUGAACAGAUAUCGAUUUUCCGUACACGCUGUACGCCUAGUACAGACAGUGAGUAUAGUACAGACGGUGAGUGUAGUACAUACUUGUGCCGGAUGUGCUUGAAGCAGCACAAAGUAGAUUUAUCCAAGCAACAACAACUACAGUACCUGGAGUGCGUUGUGUCUGUCACCGUAACUCGCGUCAACUUUUCAAACCUAGAAAUAUUUUUAUGCCGAUCAUUGAACAGUACAAAUUUUGUGAAAGUAUUUGAUGAUAUUAGUACAGCUAACAAAUUAACAAAAUUUAAUUUGGGGUAUGAUAGAUUUGGUUCAAACACAGAGUCUUCAUAUCAUACUGUAACAGUCAAAUUGAUCACAUUGUUACCAUUAUUGCACCAGCUCCGUGAACUUACUUUAUUGGAAUUCACAUUUAUUGACAAUAUAAUGAAAUGUCCCUCUGAGAUGAAGAGUAUGGAGAGCAUUAAUCUUUUUCGAGUCAAAAUGAGCUUGACAACAUGGCGGCAGUUUGUUGAUAGUCUUCCUCUAAUACCACUACCCGUUAGGGUGAAAGCAUUGGUCAUGUGUAUAACACGAGAUGGAGAUGAAUUUAACCCUGUUAUACGCUGGUUGAGAGAAGCAGGAGGAGAGGAACCAGCUGCACGGCAGUAUGUCAGAGAACGGGGGGAGUUGUUCAAUGUGGAAGAUAAAAAUGAACUUGAUUUCUGUUUUUCAACAAGGAAGUAAUAUCCAUCAGUAUAAAUCAUUACUGUUAUUAUACUAAUGAUUUUCUUAUGUUGUACUGAUGGUUGAAAUAAUGAAAGUUUGUCAAGGUUGUAGAUAUACAGAUAAUCAGUUUCUAGUGUAAUGUUUUUGUUUAGAAGAGUAUAGUUGCCAUGAGACAAUGAUUUUUUUAUGUUUCACCAUAUUAUGAAACUGCGCGUUUUAGUUAAUUAAUGAAAAUACAAUUAUAGUGAAACAUACGUUAGUGAAACAUAUCUGUGUAUUCAAAGUGAGAAUGGCAAACUUGUUUUAUACUGGUACGGAACACUAAGCGUUGAUGAAUGUGGUAAAUAAAGAAUUUCAACAAAUAAGUGAUAUUACAGGCAGAAGUCAUCAGUGUUUUUAAGAUAAUUACUUUUGUAAUAUUCAGAUGGCUGCAACAGAAAAGUAUAUCAAAAUUAUAGAUAGGUGUAGAACAGACAUACAGUCAAACCUGUACAUAAAGACCAUACAUAGAAGUGAUGAAAAGUGGUCAAUAUUUGCAGGUGGUUUUAUUUUACAGAUGAAAACAAACCGUAAAGGAUGGAUCCGGAAAUCAAAUAUGUUUUCCUUUCAAACCUGGUGAUCACUGUUGACAGACGGAAAUACACGUUGAAUGUUGAAUUCGGAAAUUAAACAAAUGAUAUUUAAAGUGCAAGUUGUUUUUAUUCACAUUUGAAAAUACACAGUAAAAUUUGUAAAAGGAAAUCAAACAAAGCGGUUUUUUUUAACUAUGUUCUCUUGUAAAAAUACGCCAUAGAUGUUGACUUUUAAAGUUAAAUGAGUGGUCUUUAAAACUAUGUGGUGUCAUUUCAUAUGUUGCCUUUAACACAAGUUUGACUGUAAUCGGGGUUUAAUGAAAGGAGAGAAAAUAUGAGAUAUUUUUUUUACGUUUGCUUAGCCGUAUAGCCUGAUUGUAUAGACAUUAUUGUACAUAUCAUAUUUGUAUUAAAACAUAAAGUGCUAACUUAACAUUUGCUAAAUGUUUAUCUUAUAUGGCAAUGUUUUAACAUAUAAUAGGAUAGUAACAGACUAGGUGCUUAUUAAUGUAUUUUUUGUUUACUAAUGAAACUUUAUAAAUUAGGAUUUUUUUAUUCAAACCUUUUUAUAUUUUUUGUAUAACACAAUGGUUGUAAACUUUGUCGCUUUGCGCUCACAUUGUUAUAUAUGUAAGACAUUGCUUGAAUUUGGUCAAGAAUCAGACUUCAGCGGCAUUCAAAUCGUGUCAAGUGUAUGCCUCGUCCUGUAUUCAAAUCACGACGACCAUACGCCUCAUCCAACAUUCACAUGAUAGGGAACAAACGCGUCAUCCGGUAUUCAAAUCACGGCGAGCAUACACCUCACCGGUAUUUCCCUUUAAGGCAUAAGUCAACCGUUAAUGCAUUCAGCAUAGGAACAAAAACGAUUUAAAAUAAAACUUGUUAUUGCAAAGUAUACUACAGUCGCUAUAAUAGCAUUAUAUUUGAAAUAUUUUGUACUUUUCUUAUCCAUUAUGUACCGUUAUAUUCAUGCAGUGUAAAUUCUUUAGACCUUCUUAGUUCAUAUAUUGUCCGGAACAUGAUACUGGGAAUAUAUUUUGAAUAUUUAAAUGUAUGCUGUGAAUAUGUGCGAAAUGAUGGUAUAAUUAUUUUUCAAAUGAAUUGUGUAUAUGAUAAUAUGGACGUUAUACACGAGAUAAUUCAAUUAUAUAUAAAUGUACCUACUUUCAGGUGUACAUGCAAAUUUCUUUGGCUCUAACUAAAUAUGGUUUACGGUACCGUGUACUCUGUUUAAAACAUUUAGAAGCAAAAGUUUUCAUUUUACGACUUAUUGUUAAACUAAUUGUUAAACUGAAUAACGUGUAAUUACAGCUUUCGUUUGAAAAUACGUACAUAAAUGGUGUAAAUAUCUAAUCAAGAUACGAUAACAUAUUUUUCUGUUCACAUCUGUAACCAAAAUAUCUCAACAAUAUUAAUUAGCCAUCCGUGGCCAACAAUUAUGAAACAUUUUACGUAACACAACGUGUGUAUAUUAUAUACCCUUUCAAAGGACGAUCGUUUGAGUGUAUUAUUUACUAUUUCAUUUUUACUGCUGAUCAUUAAAUAAGCUAUAAAUUAGAAAAUAUUUUGUAAAUAAUUCAAGCAUUUGAAUAAAGAUACAGAGAACAGAAAUCA